AUGGCUGUUUCAUCAAUCCUACACGUUCUUCUCCUCUUGUCUCUGUCUUUUCAAUGUUGUUCAUCUUCAUCACCAUCACUUAACAGUGGUUUCUCCCUCUCAGUUGAGAAACCAGAAGAUGUUAUUCUCUCACCGAACGGCGUCUUCUCUGCCGGCUUCUACGCCGUCGGUGAAAACGCCUAUGUAUUCUCCGUUUGGUUCACUCGAAAACCCACCGUCGUUUGGACGGCUAACCGUGACCAACCUGUCAACGGAAAACGGUCAUCACUUCGCCUCCAUAAAACCGGAAACCUUGUCCUCUCUGAUGCCGGACAGUUCAACGUGUGGUCCACUGACACUACCUCAUCUUUGCCUUGGUUGACGCAACUGAAUCUUACCGAUAAAGGGAAUCUAGUACUUUACGAGCUCCAUCCUCAACAAAGCGAAAUUCUAUGGCAGAGCUUCGAUUUCCCGACCGACACUCUACUUCCUGGACAACAACUCACAAGAUACACAAAGCUUGUCUCUGAUAGAAGCCUCACCAACCAUUCCUCUGGCUUCUACCAGCUUUCAUUCAAUGAUGACAACAUCCUCAGCCUUUUGUACGAUGGCCUUGAUGUCUCCAGCAAAUACUGGCCAGUCCAAUGGCUAGUAAGUUGGGAUGCAGGAAGGACCACAUACAAUAGUAGCAGAAUCGCAGUGUUAGAUUCCAUUGGAACUUUCAAUUCAACAGAUAAUUAUGGAUUUACGACUUCUGAUUAUGGGGUUGUAAUGCAAAGAAUAUUGAAACUAGAUUCUGAUGGAAACAUUCGAGUGUACAGUCGACGGAAGAAUGAUCCCUGGUAUGUGUCGUGGCAAGCCAUAUCUAAUCCCUGUAUUGUUCAUGGACUUUGUGGUGCUAACAGCACGUGUGUGUAUGAUCCUAUAGAAGGAAGGAAGUGUUCGUGUCUUCCUGGAUAUAGAGUGAAGAACCAUAGCGAUUGGUCUUACGGGUGUGAACCCACAUUUAAACUCUCAUGCGAUAAGAAUGAGACUGCUUUCUUCAAAUUGCCAGGUGUUGAGCUAUAUGGGUAUGACUUUAUUUACAAGAAAAACAUCAGUUAUAGUGAUUGUGAGAAUGAAUGCUUACAAGAUUGUGAGUGCAGGGCAUUUCAGUACUCACUUAACAAUGACGGCUUAUUUCAGUGCUAUACGAAAAGAGUUCUUCUCAAUGGUCGUCGAUCACCAGACUUUAGAGGAACAACCUACCUGAGACUUCCUAAAGCCAAAAGAAACAAUGUUUCGUUCUUUGCAGAUGAAGAAUUUGCUCAAGAUGAUGGUCAUGUUUGUUCAGUGAAGCUGGAUAGGUCCUAUGCCGAGAGUCAUGUCAGCAGUUUUUUGAAGUUCUUUCUUUGGUUUUCUGUUGCAAUUGGGGUGUUUGAAGUCCUCUUCAUUUCUAUAACUUGGUUUUCUUUGAUAAGAACCAAGCAAAAAUCUGAUGGAAAUCAACAAGGGUACAAUUUUGUUUCACCUUUUGGGUUCAGAAGAUACACUUACUCUGAGCUAAAACAAGCAACAAAAGGGUUCACGGAAGAAAUUGGAAGAGGAGCUGGUGGAAUUGUGUACAAAGGAGUAUUGCCAGAUCAGCGAAUUGCUGCAAUAAAGAAGCUUCAUAAUGACAACAUUGGAGCCAAACGAGAUGAAGCAGAAUUCCUAGCUGAAGUGAGCAUUAUUGGUAAGCUAAACCACAUGAACUUGAUUGAAAUGUGGGGGUAUUGUGCUGAGGGAAAGUACAGGCUGUUGGUUUACGAAUACUUGGAGAAAGGUUCUUUAGCAGAAAAUCUCAAAUCAAACACCUUGGAUUGGACCAGAAGAUACAACAUUGCUCUCGGAACAGCAAGGGUUCUAGCAUACUUACACGAAGAAUGCUUGGAGUGGAUUCUACAUUGUGAUAUAAAGCCUCAGAAUAUUCUUUUGGAUUCAAAUUACCAACCCAAGGUAGCAGAUUUUGGUUUAUCUAAGCUUCUAAAUAGAAGUGACCAAAACACUCAAAACUUCUCAAUGGUAAGAGGAACGAGAGGAUACAUGGCACCUGAAUGGGUUUUUAAUUUGCCAAUAACAUCAAAGGUGGAUGUGUAUAGCUUUGGGAUUGUUGUGCUGGAGAUGAUAACAGGAAGGAGUCCGACGAUGAUGGGAGGUCAGAGUGAUGAAGGAGAAGAAGCACAUAAUGAGAGGCUUGUGACGUGGGUGAGAGAGAAGAGGAAGACAACGACGUCGGAGGAGGAAGGGUCGCCGUCAUCGUCUUGUUGGGUGGAGCAAAUAAUUGACGCAGCCAUUGGAUCGGAGUUUGAGGUUGAGAAAAAGAAGAUGGAAACUUUGGCAAGUGGGGCUUUGAAGUGCGUGGAAGAAGACAAAGAUGCGAGGCCCAGCAUGAGCCAAGUUGUUGAGAUGCUUCAAAGCCAUGAAGAUGCUUAAUUAGCUAGUUUCUACGUAGUCAUGCAUGUUUGGGGUGCUUUUUGUUUUUUUUUU